AAAGACUACAAAACGAUGACUGCCUUGGCAAAGGCCAUCUCUAAGAAUGUGCUCUUUGCUCACCUUGAUGACAACGAGAGGAGUGACAUAUUUGAUGCCAUGUUUCCUGUCACUCAUAUUGCUGGAGAAACGGUCAUACUGCAAGGAGAUGAAGGUGAUAAUUUCUAUGUCAUUGAUCAAGGAGAAGUUGAUGUGUACGUAAAUAUGGAAUGGGUGACCAACAUUGGUGAAGGAGGCAGUUUCGGAGAGCUUGCACUGAUCUAUGGCACACCGAGGGCUGCCACUGUCAAAGCCAAGACUGACCUCAAACUUUGGGGCAUUGAUCGGGAUAGCUACAGGCGCAUCUUGAUGGGCAGCACUCUGAGAAAACGGAAGAUGUAUGAGGAAUUCCUGAGCAAAGUCUCCAUCUUGGAAUCACUGGAUAAGUGGGAACGACUGACAGUGGCUGAUGCACUGGAAACUGCCCAGUUUGAAGAUGGAGAAAAAAUUGUGGUUCAGGGACAACCAGGGGAUGACUUUUUCAUCAUUACGGAGGGCACUGCUUCUGUUCUUCAGCGCCGGUCUGAUAAUGAGGAGUAUGUGGAGGUUGGAAGGCUUGGGCCAUCGGAUUACUUUGGAGAGAUAGCUCUGUUGCUCAACAGGCCUCGGGCUGCCACUGUGGUGGCCCGGGGACCACUGAAGUGUGUGAAACUUGACCGUCCUCGUUUCGAGCGAGUCCUCGGUCCCUGCUCUGAAAUCCUGAAGAGGAACAUUCAGAGAUACAACAGCUUCAUCUCCCUUACUGUUUAAGGGAGCCCUUCCUCCUUCCUAACCCUCUCCAAUAUCUGCCUGCCUUUAAAUGUUAACCUUGUGACUAACAGGUUUGACCUGGACCAUUUCAUAGCUUUAUCAAGUCAUGUGGUUUUUGGUAACUUUUCAUGUUUCUGUCUGAUGCACUUGAGAGAACUGACCAUUUUUUAUGUCAGAGAAGACAAACAGAUUUGGAUGAGGUUUGCGUUUUGACACCUUGGAUGAAUUCUAAGAGUUGGGACUCAAAUAAGUGGAAAUAAAAUACUCAUCUUAUGCAUUUUGUUUGUUUGUUUUAAGUAGAAGCCCCAAAUAAUCGUUUACUCUUUUAUAGAUAUACUUUAUCCCAUUCAGUCUUUACAACAGUCCCAUGAAGUAGGGAAUGUAUAGAUCAUUGUCCCAUUUUAAAGAUGAGAAAACUGGGGAUCAAUGAGAAUAAAUACUUGUCCAAGGUAGCACACCUAGGAAAUGAGAGUAUGAAUUUAAAGCCAGGUCUUUCACUGAUAAUUCAUUGCUUUUUCCAGUCUACCAGACUGCCAAAAAAAAAAAAAGAACUGUCCUAUCUUUUAGCUGAUUUGAUCAAGAGCUGAUAUUUCUCUAAUCAGAAAAGGAGAGAGCAAUAGCAUUCUAGAACUAUCCAGUGUCAAAUCCUAGAUCAUUCUGCUUGUUAUUUGAAUUGGAAGUCUGCUUUCUAACUGGUUUGUGAGUGAGGACUUUAAAGGAUGAGUUUGUUGUUUUAGGGACAGAAUUGUAGAGGCAAUAGUGCCUGAGUUGGAUGGGCCUCCUUAACAUUAAAAGGAGAAAAAAGAAUACUAAUAAUAACAGAUGUUUUAGCUUUUCUAUUUUUAACUCUACCAAGAUGUAUUCUUCCACCACCUCAAUUGUUAGAAUCCUUGAAUUAAGUUAUCAUGCUAUUCUUGAGAUGGCAUUAUAAUCCACAGAGGGGAUGGCUUUGUCCCUCUUUCCAGGAAUUUACCUUCUAGUUGGGAAGACCCGACAAACUAUUACAAAUGAAAAAAAUAAUACACAAAUUUUUCCUCUUUCCUUGCUCUCUCCCCUUAGUUCUACUAGACUUAGGUGCCAGGGACUCAGCUCCUUAUUAAAAGGUUGGGGAAUCAUCAGGAAGCUGCA